GCGACGAUACCAUCUCGCUAUCGGGUGGGUACUCGGUCCUCGGCAGGAGCCUGCGCACAGGCCCCCACGCGCCACGGGUGUAGUGUAAGCCCAGCCAAGGUCGCGUGUUGGACUCGUAUCGGAAUGUAACGGCGCUCGAGCCGGGAGUGGAAGCUUUUUUCGCGAAUAGUUUUGUCGGCCAGUUGGUAGCGGAAACUCAUUGCGUUCGGAUUGUGUUCCGCGGAGGUGGUGAACGCAGUGCUAACUCGCUCGCAUUUCGUCGUACGUGAAACUAUCGUUGGGCAGGAGCGAGGCUUCGGCAUCCCGCGCGCGAAUCAGGCAUCCUUGGCAGGAAUGUGUUUAUUUGGAUUUUUCUCGGUGCUCGCGAAAAUCCGCGAUGCGAUCAUGAUGUGAUAAUUGCUUUCUGGUGUUCGGUAGUUUUCCGCGGAGCGGCUGGUGCGUGCCCGUGCAAGCGGGGUCCGUGGCCGUAAUUUGAUUCAAGUUGUGUCAUGAUAACGAGUGAUACGCCCCUUUGUGACUGUCUCGUGCCGCACGGCGUGUGAUAAGUGAUAAGCGACAGUGAGCCUUGUUGUGGAGGCGAAAGGUGGCGGCGCUCGCUGUCCACGGUCCUCGUCUGACAUAAUGCGUGCCUGCAACCAAUGUUUGCGGUUGUAAUUUGAAGAAGGAUUUUCACCGCAUACAGUGCGGAAACGGUCCAGGACGUUCGUGAUAAGCCGGCGGCAAUUAGGAGCGGACUCUAAUUCACUGGAGUGUAUUGAUAAGGUUUCGAUGUGAGUUCGACUUUUGAGUACAAGAUAUUUGACUUUUGGACCUCCAGCACUUCAGGCGGUCUUGACUGAAAUGAGCCGUACCACUGCAGUGAAAGAAUAAAGUGAACUUAGAGAAAGUUGUUAGCUUUCUUAAUCCGAAAAUUACAAUUUAGUUAGCGGCAAGAAAACUCAAUGUGUGAUAUUUGACAAUGGACCCGCAUUGCAACGAUUCGUAUCCGUGUUUCAACUCAACACUAGAUUACGCCGAUGAAAUAUGGCCAUUGGAACGGAUUGUUUCCAUGGUAGUGCCAGUAUUUUUCGGUCUAAUUGGAUUAGCAGGACUUCUGGGUAAUGGAUUAGUAAUUUUAGUUGUGGUUGUGAACCAACAAAUGCGUUCAACAACGAACCUCCUCAUCAUAAAUCUGGCAAUAUCCGACAUCCUGUUCGUCAUCUUCUGUGUCCCGUUCACUGCCACAGACUACAUCCUGCCCGAAUGGCCCUUUGGCAACUUAUGGUGCAAGUUCGUCCAGUACAUGAUUGUUGUCACCUGCCAUUGUAGCGUUUAUACACUUGUUUUGAUGUCCUUCGAUCGAUUUCUGGCUGUGGUCCAUCCUGUCACGAGCAUGUCCCUGAGGACGGAACGUAAUGCAAUGUUAGCUAUUCUGUGUGCUUGGGUUCUAAUCCUGACGUCAGCCAUUCCGGUGGCAUUGUCACACAGUGUUCGAAUUUAUAGCCUCAAAGGACUGCAUCACACGGCCUGCGUGUUUUCAUCGCAUCAGGGGGUGUGGAGCUUAGUAGGAUUCCAGGUUUCAUUUUUUCUUUCGUCCUACGUGGUGCCGCUCACACUAAUUUCAUUCUUGUACAUGGGCAUGCUGGUGCGACUGUGGAAAAGUGCUCCAGGAUGCAGGCAGUCGGCGGAAUCCAGACGAGGGAAGCGCCGCGUCACACGGAUGGUGGUAGUGGUGGUGCUUGCGUUUGCAGUUUGCUGGUUACCUAUUCAUGUUAUCCUCGUUUUGAAAGCGUUGGACUUAUAUGAAACAUCACAUGUGAAUGUUUUAAUUCAAAUCGUUUCACAUGUUUUAGCGUAUAUGAAUUCCUGUAUUAAUCCAAUUCUCUACGCCUUCCUCUCGGACAAUUUUAGGAAAGCAUUCAGAAAGAUUGUUUGGUGCGGACCACCACCUAUCGAAACACAUCGAAAUCAGCCCACGAAGACAACCAGGACAACCGGAAAUGGAACCUCCAAUGCUGACAUUCUGUAACUAUGUAGCAACUGCUAGCUUCAAGGCACACACCUACACACUGAACAUUGAAAGGAAACUGAAUUUUCCUAGAUAAUAUUACGUUAAGAAAGUGAGAUCUGUUGGAUACAAUACGGACCAAAAUCCGCAUUAGGACGGAUUUCAAUAAAGAACAUAGAGGAUAAUAGGGCCAAUAGGAAUCUUACGCUGAUAUCUGAACAACUUUAAAGUCGUAGCAGAUAAAACUGCUAUUUGUAUUUAUGUAUGUAUUCGAGAAAUGCUCUAAACUAGCACUAGGAUAUUAGCGAAGGUAAUUCUUUUGAUUUUUUUCAUAAAUCUAAAGAUACAUUGAAGUGUUUUGCUAUAGUAUGUACGUCGUGGAAAAUUUUAAUUGCAAAUUGUUAAAUAUAAAGUAAAAGGCGGAGAAAUGUUAACAUAAAAGCUCAAGAAUUUGUAAUUUGUGUGCGUGUUACUCGUGUAAGCACAAUGUUUCCUUCUAUUGUACAUAGAAACCAUUUUGUAACAUUCUCACACACUCCCUGCACCCUUAGUGGUAAAAUAUAAUACUUACUUAUGUAGACAUGAUAAUUAACGAGGUCAGGGUUGCCACUGAAUUUUAUUGCAUAGUACAUCGUUGAUAGUAAACGCAAUACAUUGAAUACCCAAAGUGCAGCGCCACACAAACUUUUGUCUUAGAACUAACUGGAAAUUUGCGUGCAUGGAAAUCGGUCCUCUGGCAAACCGUAGUGCCCUUUUUACGGUAUUGCCACCUUCCAAAGUUCUUUCUCAGAUCUCAAGCAGGAGGAAGGGAAGUUCGUCUAUCUGUUGAAGAAUGAAAGAUUUUUCCUUGAGCGAGCGAAUUUUACAUUGAUUUGGGCAUAUUUGGUAAGUUUCAAUGAACUUCUAGGAAAUGCAAACUUUUCAAAAUCCAUCCAAAAUAUUUUCAGGAUUCUUCUCCAUUUCAAUGUAAAUUCGCUCCUUCAAAGGAAGCACCUGAAUCGAAUUGUUAUGAUUUCCAGCAAUUUGCAUACUAUCUGCGGUGUUUGUUUCAAAAUCAAUUGAAUCACGAAAAUACGAGCCUACGCACCCCUGGCGGAGCUUAGCGUUCGCGAAAAUUCACAGCCCGAAGCUUCCUUUAUUCCUCAUGUGAAUAAGCUCCAGCACGCUACAGGUGCUCCUUGGGGAUUAUUUACGUUUCUCAUGUUUGCUUUCGACGGGAGCCAUUCUCUAUGCUUACCUUCGGGAUGUGCACCUGUGUCUGCUUGCCGAUGCGACGAGCGGUGCUGAAUAACAUUGUAGCGGGGCACGUGCUUUCACAGGUAUGUUUACACUCAGUACAUCAAGAUCAGAGGAAAAUAUAUAGAUAACAAGGAUAUUCGCGGCUGCUUUUCUCAUCAAACCUAUAUUUUAUUACACACCUUUGCAUACAUGUCCGUACGUACGCAUAUUAUUGGGCUUACAGAUAGGAAAUAUGACUCGUCGUUUCUGACUGAACGUAGCUUGUCGGGCGCCUCCAUUAGUACUGGGUAAUUUAAGGAUGGGCCAACGAUGCCAGGAAGGGAUGCAAAGUGUACAAUUGUUCUGGGGAUUUGGAUAAUAUAUGAAAUAUUUUUAUUGCGAAGACAGGAAAAUGAGCGGAAAAAUAUUUAUGGCACCUUUUUUCAUGACAAUGGAGCAGUUUCGUCCCGUUUCGUUUUUGACGACUCAAUCUGGCGUUGUUUUCUACAAGAGUUACAAAGAAUACGACCCAAAUGAAAUUGUGCCUAUUGUAGAUAUCUAGGAAUUUUCUGGCCAAUAAAUUUCCUGAUUUUGUUUUUUUUUUUUUCUUAUUUUUUUACACAUGGAAAACGAGCAAAGGAAAACUGCAAAGGGGAUCGUUUGAAUUGAUAUUUGUUUUAUUAUGCUUCUUUGUAACUAUUCAACCCUUAUAGGUCCCUAGUUUACUUUACUGCAACUCUUAAUGUAAAGUUGUGCCAAAUCUUGUCAAAUGUUUGGGCAAAAUGUAAUACUCGCCGGUUAGAGCACUUCCGAAUCAUCGUCAUUUCGUUCUUCUUUGUUGUGUUGGGUUGAGCUGAUGGAGAACUUCAUUUGAUUGUAUGCAGAAUUCCUUUCUUGCUAAGGUGCAAUCGCAUGCAUUUUACCUAAUGGUCUUUUUUUCUACCAUAAAUAUUGUCCUUAUAGAUUUUCCAGGCUAUAUCAUCCUUAUCCGUACGGAUUAGGUGACCCGCUUACCACAACCUCCUCAUGUAGGGGGUCAA